GAAAGCGCCGAAGUGGCCGCGGCGUUGGCUUGGUCGCUUCCUGCUGUCCGCGGCCAUCCAAUUGCGUCGCGCCGGGAGGAAGGCGCUUCUCCUAUGAAUGGGAGUAAAGCUUCGUAAUAAACACGGAGCCAGCGAUAAUGUAGAUGGGAAUUUCAAAUCCAGUAUGGCUGAGAAGAAAACCACGGCAGGGCAGUUCUUGCUUCUCUUCCUGAUCACCGCAGUAGCCUUCACACAUUUAGCCAUUUGCCCGUUUACCAAAGUAGAGGAAAGCUUUAACCUGCAGGCCAUCCAUGACAUUGUGUACCAUAAACUGGACUUGGAGAAGUAUGAUCACCAUGAAUUUCCUGGGGUUGUUCCAAGAACAUUCCUUGGUCCAAUAUUUAUUGCUCUGCUUUCCAGCCCAGCCAUCUAUGUGCUGUCUUUGUUGCAGAUGUCUAAGUUUUAUUCCCAGCUAAUAGUUCGAGGAAGCUUGGGAAUCUGUGUGAUUUAUGCCUUGUGGCGGCUGCACAAAGAAGUCCGGAAGCAGUUUGGUUCCACUGUGUCUGUGGUUUUCUGUCUGAUCACUGCGACUCAGUUUCACCUGAUGUUUUAUUGUACUCGGACCCUCCCCAACGUGUUUGCCCUUCCUGUUGUUCUGUUGGCAGUGACAUCAUGGAUACAGCAAAAGCAGUUCCCAUUCAUCUGGUUCUCAGCUUUGGCGAUUAUUGUCUUCAGAGCCGAACUCUGUAUCUUCCUGGGCCUGAUGCUUCUAGUGAUGCUAUUCAGUAAACGGCUCUCCAUUCUAAAAAUGCUUUCCUAUGCCGUUCCUGCAGGAGCCUUUUGGUUAGGAUUAACAGUGGUUACGGACUCUGUGUUUUGGAGGCAAGUUCUGUGGCCUGAAGGAAAAGUGCUUUGGUAUAAUACUGUUUUAAAUAAAAGUUCCAACUGGGGCACCUCCCCUUUCUUGUGGUAUUUUUAUUCAGCCUUGCCUCGAGCUCUGGGGUGCAGUAUUCUUUUCAUACCACUAGGCGCAGUAGACAGAAGAACCAGAGUGUUGAUUCUACCUACUCUUGGCUUUAUUUUCUUGUAUUCAUUUCUACCACAUAAAGAACUUCGGUUUAUCAUAUAUACUUUUCCAGUCUUCAAUAUAGUGGCUGCCAAAGGCUGCUCCCGAAUACUAAACAAUUACAAGAAAUCGUGGCUGAAUAAGCUUGGGUCUCUAUUUGUUGUGGCGCACCUGGUAGCAAACGCUGCUUACUCAGGAGUGUCGCUGUAUGUUUCGCACUACAAUUAUCCUGGAGGAGUUGCGAUGCAAAUACUACAUCAGUUGGUGCCUCGAAACACAGACGUUUCUAUCCACAUUGAUGCGGCCUCAGCACAGACCGGAGUCUCUCGAUUUUUGGAAGUCAAUUCAAAUUGGAAGUAUGACAAGCGGGAAGACCUGAAACCAGGUGACCAGCUCAUGUUCUUGUACACGCACAUACUUAUGGAGAUGGACCCUGUUCACGUGUCACAUUACAAGAUGACCCACCGCAUAUUGGCACAAAUCCCUGGGACUAGUGGGAUUACCUUGAAUUUCACCACAUUACCUCCAUUUACUUUAAACUUGAGAUCCCAACUAGUAUUGUUAGAAAAGCUUCCUACUUCUCCAGGACCAUAAUUUUUUUUACAGACUACACACACAUUUUGGAGUGAAAUUAUUGCGCUAAUUCAAAACCGUAAGGCAGAAACAGUGAGAGAUCAAAAGAAGCACUAUUUUUUCUUUCUUUGAGCCUUCUGGUAUGUUCUAAGGGUGUGUACAUGUACGCAAUUAUAUAUAAAGUAGUUGUACAUAUUUCCAUAUAAUUGAAUGCAGAAAUGUUCUAUAUGUUUAUGAUGUGAUGUACAGCUUAAAGUUGAUACACUUCUAAUAAAAUGUGCAGACUUUAAAUGUAA